GGGGUCUGCCGUUAUAUGAUACAGGAUAUGGCAGAACGGAGAUGUUGCGGCUUGCCAUGCAGACCACCAUGACUACAUAGAGGAGAGAAGACCAUCCGAUUGUUUUUUUUAAGCCGACCUCUUCCUCGCACUUUCUCUCGCUCCCUCGCUGGCUUGAGCACUAAAAAAAAACACGGAGAACUUGCCUUUUCCUAGAUAGGCUACCAAAGACUCCCUUGUUAUGUUAGUCAAGCUGGGAUUCUUGUUUGGGUCUACUCCAUUCCUCCAUCUCCGAAUCCAGCUGUCACUGUUGUAAUACAUUGUAAGAUUUCUUCCACAUUCCAUCUCCACGCUUGCUUCUGAUUGAUCUAUCUCUUUGUACCCGCUGUGAUCAUCGCUUGUCGUCCUCGCCGCUCUAAUAUCCUCUCCCAAGUUGAUAAAAACUUCUCUCUCUUUCCGACCCUACAUAGUAGUACCCAAUCAAUCAACAGACAGCCUCAAAGAUACUCUCUACAUAUUUAAAAUCCCCCAUCAUCCACCCACUCCUCUGGAAUCUGGAUCGAAAUUCGAAUGUCUCGAGUCGCACUGCUCUUAUCCUUUGUCGGGCCCCUGCUGCUGUCCAAGUUCCUCCUCGAAUCCUUCGAGCGCAACCCCUCCUUCCUCGAUCGGCUCGUCGUCUUCUGUCUAUCCUGGCCCAUCGCAAGAGAGAUCCGACUCAGGCUCGAGCAGAGGGACUUGCGAGCCAGGGCGAGCUCCCGAGGCGCCCUGCUAGCCCCCCUCGUCUCCUCUCCCCUCCCCUUCGGCCUCUCGGUGCUCUUAACCCGACUGCGGAUGAUCCACUCCGGCUCACCUGGUGACGUCAUCCAUCUCUUCAACUCCCGCGUCCCAAAACCCAUCCAUCCAGAUCAACCCACCAAGGUCUUCCGCAGCCGGGUCAUGGGCGUCGAGACCAUCUGGACGAUCGACCAUGAUGAUGCAAAGUACUUCCUCUCAACCGGUUUCCCCAACUUCGGCAAAUCCCCUCUCUUCAAGGCCGGCUUCCGCAGACUCCUCGGCGACGGCGUCUUUGCAAGCGACCAACGCGGCCUCUGGGCCUGGCAUCGUAGCCUCACCAGGCCUCACUUCGUCAGAGAACGGAUCGCCGAUGUCGUCGCAAUGGAAGAACAUUCUCAUCGGGUCGCUACCUGGUUGUCCACUCAGACUGACCUCGGAAAGAGUGUGGAUAUUCAAGAUAUCUUUGCCCGUUACACUUUGACCGUUGGCACUCAGCAUCUCUUUGGGAGAUGUGUAGAUUCCCUCAAUGAUCUCAUCCACGACCGAAUCCAAACCGGACCUAAUGCGGCAGAUUUUGCCCAAAACUUUGUCGCUGCACAGCAUUGGGCGAUCAUCAAUUCACUACUACUUCAUCCCCUUUUAAUUUCACUUGGGUUCCGCAUAAGAGAUAGAGCAACAGAGGAGGUACGACAGGUGGUUGACACUCUGGUUCAGGAUGCGUCGCUCAGCCUAGCCUCCCAGAUCAAAAAAAACAACGAAUCGGACUCCUCGGACCAAGCCGAGGGAGGCACGGCAUCCGAAAACCUACUGGACCAUCUGCUGACCUCUGGAUGCUCCAAAGAACUCGUCCGCCAAGAAUGUUUGAACAUCCUCCUGGCUGCCAGAGAUACUACGGCAUCUCUCUUGAGUAGCUGCAUCUACGAACUUGCCCGCGAUAGUCCUCGGAAAACUGCGAUGUGGAGGAAGUUGAAGGACGAAGUCGAGCGUCUUGGCUCGGGUAUCGACGUCACUCUGGAUCAAGUUCGGGAACUGAAAUACCUCAGAGCCGUGCUCAACGAGUCGCUCAGACUCCAUCCUCCCGUUUGGGCAAACACUCGACAUGCGUUUGAAGAUGAUGUCCUACCUUCUGGCGUUUUCGUUCCUGCCGGGACUGAUUGCCGAUUCUUCAUCCGGGAAUUCCAAAGAAAUCCCGAGGUAUGGGGGAAGGACGCGGAGGAGUUUGAUCCUGACCGAUGGAUAGAUAGCCGAAAGGCCCUGCAAGUGAAAGAUCCGUUCAGUUUCCAACCCUUCAGCGCAGGCCCUAGGAUAUGUCUGGGACAGCAAUUUGCUCUGGCAGAGGCGUCGAUGAUGAUGAUUCGAGUGAUCGAAGGAUUUGAGGGGGUGGAUUUGGAUCUAAGUGAUGGCCCCGUCGGCGCUGAAGCUCCCGCGGUUGUACUCAGCUUCAGAGGCGGCCUUAAGGUCCGGUUCAAAAAAUAACAGAUUAUUCACUUAUCUUCUUCAUCAACACUUUUUCUCCCCAGAAAAUUAAAAGAAAACAAACAUAUUACUCAAUUCCAGGAAAAAAACAAACAAAAGACAAGCCUCUAAAAAGUCAUCAUAAACAAGUACAAAACUGGUUUGUAAUCGUUGUUUAACUAGUUACAAUAGUUUUUCUUUUCUUUUUUUUUUUUUUUUU